CGCAUUAAAAUUGUUGAGAUAUUUUGCGUUGUAAUUGUUUGCCUAAAGGGACGGUGUUAAAUUUUUGAAAGUCAACAAUGUGUGAAUGUGUGGAAGGCGUGGUUUUUUGCUUGCGAUUUUUUAUGUAAUAAUAAAAUACAAUAAGCCAACGAGAGGUCAGAAGAACGCUCACUUAAGUGUGGUAGAGUAGAAAAUAUGUGAAAUAUCAGAGAAAUAAUCAAAUACCAGUGCCGAAGCAAAAAUCAAAAAUUUUUUUUUAAAAAGUUAAAAACAAUAUUAUUACACAAAUGUGUCAAAAGCCACGGGAUAGUAAUUGAACAUUUAAAAAAUAAUAAAAAAAACCCGCAGCAAAACCGUAAAAUAAAAAGUGCAGAGUUAAUAAUGAAAGAAAAGUUAAACAAAAUGUAAAAAUAGUUGCCUUAUCGUUGAAAAAUAAAAACAAAAACAUUUGCAAAGAAACGCUUCCUUGUUGAAAACUGAAAAGCAAUAAUCAAAAUCCUAUGACAUAAAUGAAUGUUAAUGUAAACACAUACACAUAUAUUUUUGCUACAAAAGAAACAAAAGCUAAAGCAACAAACACAAACGUGAAUUAUAAAAACGCCGUAAACAAGCAAUAAAAUCCACAUUGAAAUUAAACGCAAAAAAUAGCCAAAAACAGUGGUUAAUACAAUUACAACAAAUACAACAUGAAAUGCGAGAGCAUGGAUUCCUGUACAUUUUGUGAAUUGUUCGCAAUGCGACACAACAACGCACAAGUACAACAUCAUCAGCAACAGCGGGACAACUGCUGGCACAAAAUGCUGCGCUCCAACUCGAGUCCAAUGGGCCAGCAUCAACAGUUGCAACAACAACAAACAGCGCAGCAACAACUACAUCUACAGCCACAGCAGCGUUGCUCCAGUGUUGGCAGCACCGGCAGCAGCACUUGCGACACGCUUUCCUCGCUGUCCGGUUCGGCGCUGUCACCAACGAUCAAUAGCAGCACCAAUCUGAGCAGUCAGCUGAGCAGCAGUGAGCGCUACAGCAUUUGGCAGCAGACAGUAAGGAGCAUUGCAGCGGGCACUGCUGCACCCCCCAUGCCAACGUAUUCUAUGGCAGGCGCCCCGUUGGCGCCGAUUCCUUUGCUGCCAACACAGCCAGUGGCGCAAGCAACACCACCACCACCACCAACAACCAACGUACCAGCACCGGCUACGGCGGCGGUUGGCGGUAUUGGUGCUGCGGCGAUAGCUGCCAAGUUGGCCGAGUCGUUUAAGUUAUUACAUCAACAGGCGCAUCAGUUUCGUGAUAUGCUCUAUGCGGCGCAUUUGCUUGGACGAGGCUAUUACCAACCUGCCGGUCCAUUGAUCUCACCACACGUUCUACCACCCGUCGCUACUGCACCACCGCCGCCUCCUAAUGUGCCACUUCUACCGACUGGUGCUGCUUCCGCUUCCGCCUCUUCUAUCAAGAAGUCACAACAAAUACCCGCACCGCUUAGCUCCGAUCCGGAGCUUGCAGCCGCCCAACAACCACCACCAUCAUCGGCCGCAACCGCAGACAGCGCAGACAGUGAUGUGCUUAUCACUGGCGGCGACUUGACACCCUUUCGCUAUCCGCCGGCCGCACACAGCGGCGCGCCCACCACCCAGCAUCAGCAGGUGCAGCAGCAACAGCAUCAACAACAGCUACAUCAGCAAGCUGCCGCCGCAGCUGCUGCAGCUGCUGCUGCUGCGGCCGCCGCCGCUCAUCAGAGUUCUCCAUAUUCACGCUCGAUGCAUGCACAGAUGCACUAUUCAACAGCGUAUCCGGCCAACUAUUGUACACCUUAUCCAGUGGAAGCGGUUUGCUAUUCACCGCCCGCCUAUCAGCCCUACUUUCCGACCAAAGUUUAUCAGAGCGCAGGACCGCCACCACCACCUUCCACAUACCGACGCUACCCGUACUAUCAGCCCGGCCAUCCGCCACCACCGGCCGAACUCUACGAACAGGGGCCACCACCACCGCCGCCGACGUCGGCCAGUAGUGCAGCACAAGCUACCGGACCGCCACCGCCUACGUCUAUUCAGGGACCACCACCAACAGCACCGCCCCCCGGAACACAACUUGUGCCGGCUGGACCGGCAGCACACGCACAACACCUCGAGCACUAUCCGGGACCGCCAGGCUACUACACCGGCUAUAGUCCAGGCGCUGGCGCUGCGGGGCAGUGUUACACGCGCAGCAUACAGGGACCGUAUAUGGAAUAUCCACCACAGUGUCCGUGUCCAAUGCAACAAUCGUGUCCAAAAAACGUCCAUACUGGGCCUCAUAUUGGUAGCAACAACGGCAGCAACAACAACAACAUCAGCAACAGCGGCUCGAACAGCCACAACAGCAGCAACAACAACAAUUGUUCGGCGAUGAGUCAUUUGAGCAACAACAGCAACAAUACGCUGAUGAAUGGCAACAACGACCACAACAUCAGCAGCAACAACAAGAGUUCGAAUAUGACGAACCACAGCCAGCACAGCAGCAACAGCAACAACAGCAGCAACAGCUCGGUCCACAAUUCAGUGGCUACCAGUAGAGGUCCAGUUAAAAAAUCGACGACGACAACCCUAACAACAACAGCAACAAUUACCAGCGCACCAGUAACAGCAACAGCCGUCGCGCUAGCGGCAACAACACCAACCCAAAUCGACGAAUUGCUACUAUUCGGCAAAGAACAGUCACAACAACAUUUGGAUCUGUUACAGGUGGUGAAGUCCGAGCUAAAAUUAGAAGAAUCGGACAACAAAAGCCAAUACGAAGAGAGCGUGGUCCAGCCACCGACACCGCCAGAGAGCUACACGACCAACGACGAAAAGUUAUUGGAUUCGCUAACCGAACACGAGUUGUCAUCGGCGUCGCUGCCGGCAGCUCUUGAAGAGGCUAACACAAAGCUGCUCUUGUGCACUAACAAAAAUGACAGCAAGUUAACAGUUGAUAGCAGUAGGCAGAAACAGUCAAAACAGAAAUUGGCCGGCAACAAUAGAAAUAUUGCGGCGCCAGUACUUGAAGCUUACGACCUGACCACAGCGACAGUGACUCCACCACCGUCAACACCAAUCACUACCACAACAACAACAACCAGUAGCAACAAUACCAACGCCAACGCCAACACCACCAGCACCACCGCAUUACCGCUUUUGGGACGCAAAGCGCGCAUUGGCAAAACGAUGGCGCGCGAAAUGGUGUACGCAGGCGCAGCAGCGAAGUCAAAGCAGCAACAGUUACAUACACAGCGGCAGCAACAGCAGCAGCCAGCGCCGACACAGUUUGUUGCGUUACAACCCGAGCAGCUGCUAAAUGCUAUCAGCCCUUCACCUCAAGUGCCAGCGACGCUAAGCGAGUCCUUUCCUGUAACGGCGACAAUCCAGUCACCACUGCAGGCGCCAUUUCUGAUUAAGACGGAAAUAAAGGCAGAGAAAAUUAAGCUGGAAGACGAAGAGCAGUUGCUUAGCUCUGUGCUGCAGCUGCAACAACAGCAGGAGUCUAACCAUGACAAAGACAGUGAAAAAGCUGAAGUGAAGCUAAUCAAGGCUGAGCCGCUCACAUUGGCCUGCGAAGAAGUGACGGCCGUAAUGAAUGAUGUCGCCGAUAACACGACACUUAAGCCGUUAGGUCGCAUGCGCCUUUUACCUAGUUGGCAGCAGCCGCCAGUCAUUCAGUGCGACAUUGACCUCUCUACGACCUCGGACGAUGACGUGCUCGAUCUCUGCCAGAGUCCGACCACAUCCACCUCAGGCUGUGGCCAAAAGCCACGUCUCAAAAUUCUUAACCUACCCAAGGCACAGCAACUGUGUAAGAAAUCAUCGCCGAAUGGCUACAAAAGUCUCAUUAAACAAACUGAACCGCGAACCUAUUUGUGCCUAAGUGGACGCAAGUUGGAUAAACGCGGCCGCUACAGUAAACUGCAAAUACGGCAGUCUGGUAAGGCUGGUGGCGUUAAUGGCACAAUCCGUCGACGUCAAUUAGUGCUCACCGAUCAGCAGAAGAAGCAGCUGAAACUGCGUAAGAAAAAAUUGCAAGCACUGGAACGCCGCAAGCAGGAAGUGCUGGAGAAGCGGCGCGCAGCUGCCAAGCAAGAGCGUUUGCAGCGGAAGAAGCAGCUGAAGAAAUCACUCGCUGCGAGCGGUAUAAAACAAGAAGAAAUCGAACCAUGUCUCGAGGAGAUCGUCGAUUUAGUAGAGGAGCCAGAGCAGACCGAAAGUGAAUUCAGUGAACUCACACAGCCGGAAGUGCCAACAAUGCGCAUGCUGCUAUCAGAGAGCAGUAGCCUCAGUAGUGGCAGUAAUAGCAAUAGCAGCAGCAGCAUGAGCACACUCAGGAUCACACCGAAACCUUCACCAAAGCGCGGCAAACCACCGCGUAAAACUUGCGUUCCACUACAUUUGCUCGAAACCAUCGACUCCGUGGCGCGUGGUUACUUCUCUGAACCUGAAACAUCACGUUGCAGUGGCGCGCAAAACCAUUACACUAGUUGUGAUCCGGCUGACAGCGAACUAGCCUUGGAUAAGACAGUGUCUGAACGCAAGCAAAAGAAAGACAAAAAGUCGAGCGCGGAAAAACGCUCAAAGUCUGAGACAAAGAAGCCUAUCAAAACCGCCGCUGCAUCCGAAGUUACUGAUGUCGCCCAAACGCUUACAACGGCGCGUGCCAAAAAAACUACCUCAACAACAGAACCUGCGUCAGCAUCGUGCGAUGUGGAACGCAAGGCACCCUUAGAUUUGAUGCAAGGAGCUACGUAUGCCGAGCCUGCGGCAGCGCCAAUAGAGACUGUUAGCAACUCCAUUAGCACAAAUAAAUCAACAAAGUCGAAGCGCACGCCGGCAAAGCGAAAAACCGCUAAAGCGAAGAAACCGAAAAAACAAACUGGAAAUAAGAAAAAAGCCAGCGCGAAGUCAAAACAGCAAGAAUGCGGCAACGAGAUGCCUGUUUUGGAGAUGGAUGCGGCGGCGCCGGUGCACGCUGCUAAUCAGCUUUCUUUAGAAACAAAUAACAACGUUUAUGACAAAUGCCGCGCAGAAAAUGCGUCGAUGGAUGAAGCGGACAGACACGCACAAAUGGAAGUAGAAGCUGACGACGAUGAGUCAUCAGUGAGCGCGUCACAGGAAAUCACUCAAUUACAGCAACAACAGCCGCCACUCGAGAAACAUUCCAAUGCACAAGUGUUCCUGCCGCCCGUACCGCCAAUGCCGCGCAUUGUUUGCCAACCGCAUCAUGGCACUAAGCGCACGCGUUCACGAUCCAAAUUCGGUAGCCGCAAACGGCAGAAGGUGAAACAUUCCACCGUCUCAUUCGAAUUAGACGAUCGGUUGCCGCCAGCAAUACGCGGCGAUGUGGUGCCGAAAUGGAACAACGGCUGGACAUGGGAAGGUGAGCCAUUCCAAGGCGCGGUAUUCUUGAAUAGCGACGAUCCGCUAGUCAUACGCACCUGCUAUCCCGCCAUGCGGCAUUCGGAGGGCGACAUAAUACGCACACGCGACUGCGUACUGCUCAAAGCGAAUGAGGAUAAUGAUUUGCCCUAUGUGGCGAAGGUGGCGCAUCUCUGGGAGAAUCCUGAAGACGGUGAAAUGAUGAUGUCUCUGCUAUGGUACUACCGGCCUGAACACACCGAACAAGGCCGCCAGCCCAAUGACAGUCCCGACGAGGUGUACGCGUCGAGGCAUCGUGAUCACAACUCUGUUGCCUGCAUUGAGGAUAAAUGCUAUGUACUCACUUUCAGUGAAUACUGCAGAUAUCGCCGCCGCUUGCGCGCCGCUGAAGAGGACAUCGAAGAGGAGGUCUCCAUUGUGCCGAAACGACCCUGUUUUUAUAGCAUACGCACCGUGCCUGACAACACCAAUCCCGAGCUGGUCAUGUUCUGCCGGCGCGCGUAUGAGUUUCGCACAAGGCGGCUGCUAAAGAUGCCUAACAAGCAGGACUACAUUGUCGUGAACGACUAAGCAAGCAGCAAUGAAAAUAUUCCGCUCAGCAUUCGCACUGUGAAGGAGCAACUACAGCAAGUGAACACGAUGCGUGCCACUCGGACUCACUAAAAUAAUAAUGAGGUUAGGUAUAAUAGAAACAAAAACAAAAUUAAAUAGUAUUGUAUUUGUGGUUUUAAACAUUUUGGCAUGUCAUAUAGGGUGCUAUAAAAGUAUAUAAAUGAGAUGUGCUGUUGAAAUUAGUGCGAAGGGUCAUUAGGACUUUCUCGAGUAAUUUUUGUUUGCAUUAAUUAUUUUUAAGCGAAAUUGUUUAAGUGACUUAUUUUAAAUUUAUUCUUCUUCUAUUUUACGUUUGUAUGUGUAAGCUUUACUCGAUGUACGGCUUUUUCGCCAAUGUAUUUGCAUUAUUUGCCCUACUUUCCGCGUCGUUUCUUAUUACAUAAUAGCAAACGUAUUUAUAUAGAAAUAUUUUCCUUAUCAACUUACACAAAACAAAUGCUGAGUGUAGUUCUAUUUUUAAAACAAACUAUUAUUGUAAGCAAAGAAUUAUGUAUUGCAGAAAAUAGCAAAAAAAACUAUUAAUAAGUGAAAUUUUUUGCGUUGCAUUACUGGAAGUUAAUCACGCUGAGGAAUGGAAAUUUAACCAAAAAUGAGUAAAACACAUACAUACAAAUAUUUAGGAAUAUUUAAACGGUGCAGCGCAAGCGUAUAACUGAAAGGAAAAAAACUGCAAUUAUAACAAAAACAAGGGACAGGGCGACUAAAAGCAAACAUUAAGUAACAAAAACUUUUUGAGAAGUAAAUAUUAAUUAAAAAAUGUAUUAAACACAUAACAGUCAGUUUAGUUGUAAGCAUUAAGCGUUUAAAGAAUUUAGUAAACCGUAGUUGGUUUCUUCAGUCAAAAAGAAGGCAAAACAUAAGGUUUAUAAGGAUCAGUGAAUACAUUUUUUUCUGAAGUAUUUUGCAAUUUUAUAGAUGAAUAACCUGAAAAUAUUUUGUGCUUUAUUUCAAUUUCUGCUAUUUUUCUGUUUUAGAGUUGUGCUUUUGCACUGAAACCCCCAAAUAAUUAUGUUAAAAAUUGAUUACUAAAAUUUUGUUGGCAAGUGUUUUUGCAGCUUACAACAACUUUCUUUCUCUAAGCCCUAAGAGUUAAAAAAGUUUAUAAAUUUAAGAAUAAAUAAGAAAUAUGAUUCGUUUUAAUUUUUACUUUUUUGAACUGAAAAAUUACGUCAUACAUUUUUAGAUACAAAGAAAAAAAUGUGCAUAUUCUUUAUAUUAUAUUAAUAAUAUAUAAAAAAUAACAAUGAGCGCUUUCGAAGCCUUUAAAGGGGGUGGCAACAUGCCAUCAAGUAGAGCAUCAAGUAGAAAUGACUUCUAUGGAUUUAUUUGUAAAGACAAAACAGCGAGAAAUAAUCAAUUUAUUUGUCGUGGUGAAAUUAUUUUAAAAUGUUCAUAACACAUAACAACUUUUGAAUUUAUUCAGUACAAAAUUUCAAUUUUCAAAAAACGACUUUAAAUGUUAGUGAAAUGCAUUACUAAUUAAUUCAAUUUUGUGCUUGCAUCCGAAUGUAGCCGUCGAAAGAAACAAAAACAAGGCAGCUGGUCUACGCUACCACUUUUAAUAGAUGCGCUUUGGCAGUGAUUGUGCGCAUUUACUAUAUACUAAAUUAUUUCAGUUGCCAUUUAUGCACCUGCUGCGAAUGGCAGUAUUACUUUAAUGAGUUAUCGUAGAAAAUAUAAACUUUUUUUGGCAAACAAAAUAACUAAAAAAAAUCUUAAGUGCAAUAAAAAUUAUUGCAUGCGAUUUUUCGGGCAUAUAAGACAUUUAAAACUUUUUCAAAUCAAACCAAGUGCAUUGGAAGCUGCGGAUUUCGAGUCUUUGCGUAAAAAGUUUAUGAGUAUGAAUACAGCAAAUUUCUUUAAUUUUUGAAAACAAAAUUUCCAGCUGAAAAUGGCAAAAAAUAUGUGCGUAUUCCAAAUUGGUUGUACAGUUAAUUUAUUGCAAACAAAAUUAAAUUUUUUUUAAAUUUCCCUUUUUAAUAAAAUUCGCUCUAAAAUAAUAUUAAUUCCUAUUCAUAUUCAUUGAAAGCAAAAAAAAUACGUUUUAUAAAUUGGCGAAAACGAAAUU